GCUGCUUAGAGAGUACGCACACCCCCCUUCCCCCCCCGUGCCCAUCCGUAUUUGCUUUUUCAGGAUUUGAUUUAAUAUCUAAAGGCGAGAAUUCUAAUCUUGUGAGAUUAAGUCGCUCUAUACGACUUGCUAACCUUCAUCAAGUAUUUUUAUGAAGCUUCCAAAUAAGGUAAUCAGCUUCCGCACCAUCUGUUCUGCUGUAAGGUAUCUCUUCACCGUACCAUCGAGAGCGUCAAUACUCCUCCGCGUCGUCAUCCCGGAAAACGCGGGACCGUUCCCCGAGGGGAGGCCCGCGGUCAACAUCACGCUGUUCCCAACCACGAGGGAGGGGGCGGGUAAUAGCUCCUCGGGACCCCCCGAGGAUACCGGCGGGAUGCCCCGAGGUGUCGGGAGAAUCUCCCUCAACCCCAAGUGUCAACCGACUUCCAACCUCGCGAUCGCGUCGUCGAAUGGAGGGGUCUACAUGGACUCGAGCGCGGGGGCCGUUACGGAGAGUGUGGAGGUUGAGGCCGGGGAGUACGUUGCCGUGGUGUCGUCGUUUAGGCCACAGGAGGCCGACUAUGAAAUCACGAUCUACACGACCCCGGCGCUCGCUAGGGUGCAGCGGAUCAUGGGCUGACGUGCUCAUCGGAUGGCUGUUGGACAACGAUUAGCUUUGUGGCCUCUUUUUCCGUGUAUUGCGAU